AUGCAGGGGCCUACUAAGUAUAAAUCGGGUGAAGGAAAAUGUGAACACCGUUGUUUCGUUGAUAAUCGAAAAAAAUAUUCAACACGUUGCGAUGGAAUCAAUGAGUGCGAAAAUUUCUUUGACGAAGAAUGCAUCAAUUGUCCUCCACAGCAGUUCUGCAAUUAUUUCGACUUCUCACUAUACUCAUAUAAGUGCCCAUCAAGUAGAACAAAAUUACCUGGAAUAAAAAUAUGUGAUGGAAAACCAGACUGUGAAAACGGAGAAGAAGAAAUUGGUUGUCGACUAAGAUUCUAUUGUAACGGAAGCUCGCCGAUAAAUAUAGAGAAGAAUAAAGUCUGCAAUUUACUUAGAGAUUGCGAAGAUUCUAGCGAUGAAAUGGACUGCGACAAUAAAACCCAUUUCUAUUGUAAUGAUGAAGGCACGACAAAAUUUAUUCCCACAGCUGCACUCUGUGAUGGAAGUCAAAACUGCCAAAGCGGGAAGGAUGAAUGUCUUGAUGAAUGCAUUCAAAGUUCAUUUUCUGACGUGCAUUCCUUAAUCAAAAACAACAUUUUCUUCGUGAUUAUUUGCAUAACCAGCAUCGGCACCUUAGUGGGAAACCUGAUUGUGAUUAUAACUGCAGCAAAAGAUUUCAAGAAAAAACAUCUAUUCAAAAAUGUUCUCAUCAACAAACUUCUCAUUUGCAAUCUGUCCAUCUCCGAUUUGAUAGUUGGGAUAUACACAUCCGCCAUCUGCAUAAAAGGUUUAGCAAUGCGUGGAAACUAUUGCAAGGAGGAUUCAGAGUGGCGAAGUGGAAAUACCUGUUCAAUUCUCGGAUUUCUCCUUUUGGCUGGAUCAGAGUCGUCCGUAUUUUCUUUAACAAUUCUUACCGGAUUUAGAGCUUACUCUAUUAUGCGUCCAUUCGCAGAAGUUAGACUGAGUUUCAUUCGACGCAUGAUCGCUUUGUCAUGGAUACUUGCUGUUGGCCUAGCCGCAGUUCCUCUUCUGCCUGCUACUGACGACUAUUUUGUGGAUAGUGUAUGGAUUGAAGACAACCCUCUCUUUGCAACUAUCAACAAGAAUGAGCUGGAGGAAAUAAAUAAAUGGCUUUCAUUGACUCAAAAUAGAACUGAUGAUUUGCCCUUAAACUCGUGGUCUACACUGGAUAUCAUGCUUAAAAGACUACAUCCCGACUUCAGUAUAGGCCGCAAGUUUGGAUACUACUCAACCCAUACCGUAUGCCUUCCAACAUUGUUUCCAAAACGCACAGUUGAUGUGUCUUGGGUCUAUUCAACAAUCGUUCUGGUAGUUAACUGCUCCUUAUUUUUCCUGAUUAUGAUUGGAUGUAUCCUGAUCUAUUUGAACUCAACCAAAAAGUCACUUGCAGUUGACAACGAGGUAUCACAAAUUAGAUCAGAAAAAAUGCGGAUAAAAAUUUCGCUAAUUAUCACAACGGAUUUUCUUUGCUGGGUACCGAUUUGUAUCAUGGGAUUUCUUCAACUAGCAGGCAUAGACAUGCCAAGUGAUGCCUACCUUCCUGUGGGUCUGCUGGUUAUACCAAUUAACAGCUUCAUGAAUCCUAUACUGUACAAUGUGCCAAUGAACACUUGGAAACGACUUUUGGUUUGUCGCAAAAAGAAGUGAUCAAUGGCUACUCUACCAGAUUAUUUUGGAACUGGGAAAACUAU